AUUUUCCCCUCUCUGACCACAGCAACAAUGACUGCUGAUUUCUCUUAAGACGCUUCAUGCCUUCGUUAAAACCGCAGGCAUGCAGCGCCGAGUCCUGCCCUUCUGGCCAGUUGAGAUCACAACCUUUGUCAUGUCCUGCGCCGACCAGCGAGAUCUGCCGGCAGUUUCCCAGUUUUCAGCAUGGACCAAAAAACUGCCUUGCUGAAAUUCCUCAGAGAAGUUCAGGGCAAGAAAUCCACCAAGGACGAGAAUAUUGCUGGGGAAUUUCAGAGACUGAAAAGGCAGUCGGUGAAAAACAAGCAUGACAAAAUCUUCCCAUCGGGUCAUGCAGAGAAGCAAGAGAAUGUCAAGAAGAAUCGCUACAAGGACAUUAUACCCUUUGAUCACAGCCGAGUGCAGCUGUCACUGAUAAUUUCCGACAAUGAUUCUGAUUACAUCAAUGCAAGUUUCAUCAAGGGUGUAUAUGGACCACAAGCCUACAUUGCAACGCAGGGCCCUUUGCCGCACACAGUGAUAGACUUCUGGAGAAUGCUAUGGGAGUACAAUGUUGUAGUAGUUGUCAUGGCCUGUCGUGAGUUUGAGAUGGGACGGAAAAAAUGUGAGCGAUAUUGGGCCAGUAAAGGAGAAGAUCCAUUCUGUAUUGGGCCUUUCAGUAUUGCUUGUGAACAAGAGGAUGUAAAACCAGAAUAUAUUAUCAGAACAUUGCAAGUUCAUUUCCAAAAUAUCAAUCGGACGAUUUAUCAACUUCACUAUGUCAAUUGGCCAGAUCAUGACAUUCCAUCUUCAAUAGAUCCCAUCUUGGAACUGAUUGUGGACAUGCGCAAGAUUCAGCCGCACGAUGAUGUCCCCAUCUGUGUCCACUGCAGUGCCGGCUGUGGAAGGACAGGUGUGAUAUGUGCCAUUGAUUAUACAUGGAAGCUGCUGAAGGACGAGAUAAUUCCAGAAAAUUUCAGUAUUUUUGACUUGAUUCAAGAAAUGAGAACUCAGAGACCAUCAGUUGUACAAACCAAGGAGCAGUAUGGGUUGGUCUACAGAGCAAUCAGUCAUCUAUUUGAGAAGCAGCUAGAACUCUUAAACACCAAUCCAAGUUUCAGUAUUGAUGAGCAGGUUGAUGAGCUGCCUGUGACGUUAGAGAGACCAGAGAGGCCACCAAGAUCCAUCAAAAUGUUGACAGACUCACCUUGUCACAGGUCAUCAAAAGAGGAAAUUUCACAAUUCACGGCACUGGACUUGCUAUCAGAGGAUCAGUCAGGAUUCUUCCCUAUUAGACACAGCCAAUCUCAUGGAAUAAUAUCAGACUCGAACAGUAGCUCCAGUAAAUGUGAAGAUAUUUUUCAACACAUUCAGGACCCUCCUUCGUGUGUUGUAGGAUGCCCUCCCGAGAGAGGGCCAGAGAAUCAGAUGAGCCUGGGUUUUGACAGGACCACUGAAAGGACGUCAUGGGGUAUAUUAUCCCAGAACUUGGAACAACUGCCUCAUCACACAACGGAGUCUGCAAGCAAGUCAUACUUAACCAGGGCCAAAUCAAAUCCAUUUAGCAUCACCAGUCAGGAUCCCAAUGAACCAAAUGCAUCACUGGAAACCAAAGAACAAAACCACCUGGGUUCUUUAGAAUUGCUGAGUAUCUUUUCUAAUGAUUCUCCCUCAUCCAAAUGCAAUAGCUUACCGCCAGUUGGAAAAAAGAGGAGUCCCUGUCAUUGGGAAGCUGCUCAAGAAGACAAUACCAAUGUUCUUAAAAACACAAGGAGCCAAUCCUUCAUGCACCUUAGUUCCCAGGACAUUUUCCCUAGUACCUAUUCUACCGAAGAUCCUUAUUUUUCACCUUCUGGCUUGGCAGCAGAGGACAGCACGUUCUCCUGUCCAGAUUUAAUCUGCCAACACCUGGACAGUUUGGUGUCGAACAAGUACAGGUCUGAGAACGAGUAUAGUGAGUUGCCAUCCUGCGCAAGUUACUUUGAACCCUUUAGUGCCCAGCACAUGGAGGAAGGGUGGAAUCGUCGUAGCCUUGCUGAAUCACAAGUUGUGAAAGAAAAUGAUUCUGAUGAAGAAACUCCCCCUCCUCUGCCAGAGAGAACUCCGGAAUCCUACAUUUUGCCAGAAACUCCUGAGCCAGCGCCCGUUCCUCCGGCCUCUUUGAAAGUUGGGACAUCUUUAGAGUGGAGUGGCCACACCCAGGCAGACCACUUCACGGAAUCCACUAAUGUGAAGACGCGGAGUAAGAGUUUGAAAUUGAGGGGCUUUAGGAAGGAUAGGAAGGCUGAAUCGUUAGUACUUCCAAGUUCAUUAAAUUUGUCACAGUGUGCCUCCAACUCAGCUCCACCUCCUGAGAUGUCCUGUCCCAGAUCAUCACCUGAUGCGAAUAAGCUCUUCACGAGGAGCAAGAGUAUGAAAAUUCUACGGAGUAUGAAGAAAACGAUAAGCAGCGUUCCUGCACUGUCUAGGACUCCUGUGGCUGAACCAAGCACAGAACAGAGCCGCUUCUUUCUAAACUUUGGGUUCAAGAAUCGCUUUGCGAAACCAAAAGGAGCAAGAAAUCCUUCCCCAGACUGGGUCUGACACUACCCUCAGUGAAUUCUUCCCACAGCCAGAAGCUGAAAGCAAUGAUGCACAAGGCUGGGGUUGUCUUCUGAAUUUGUUCCUCCAGACCCCCAUUUCCCAUGGGAUGAGAAGUUCUGUCUUGCAAGUGAAAAGCAGAAUUCCUGUUCUUCCUCAUAACAACAAAGCACAGCUGAAAGCAAAUUCUCCAAAAUCAUUUACUUCAUAAACAGGCCACUGAACAGAAAGAAUGAAUCCAUGACACUUUGCUAAAAGGUUCUGACUCCGGUCUACUUGAUGAAGCAUAGAUUCAUAUUUCAAGAACCACAGGGUUACAAUCAAUUAUGAACAUAAUGAACUGCACAAUGACACUGGCGUAUCUGAGGUAGAACACAAAGUGAGAGAUUUGGAGUCUUCUUCCUUUUCAUCUGGCUUUGAUUAUUUUCCAAACACAGACAUUUUUCAGUGGUUGGGAAUGAAUCUGCUGUGAACAUGCUGUAAACUCCAUCACAUCAGUAAAGAAUGGCUGGGAUUUGUAUUUUCA